AUGGGUUUCUUCUCUCCUGACACCAUCACAGAUUUCGUGAGGCGUGGAGACCUCGACGGUAUUCGCCACCGUUUGGAACUGGGCGACGAUGUGAAUGAACGCCGUAGUUUCCAAUGGACUCCAUUGAUCGAUGCUUCUUUUCGAAACGACUGUAACAUCAUCCAGUUCUUGCUGGACAAUGGCGCCGACAUGGAAUUGACCGAAAUUAGUGACCAGACAGCUCUUCACAAGGCGAUAGACUGCAAGAAUACAGAUGCAGCGCUACUUCUGACACGCCGUGGUGCAUGCGCGAAUAAGAUCGGAGAUAUGGGCCGAACCCCGCUACAGACUGCAGUCAAGCGAGACUUACUGGAAGUCACGGCCGAGUUGUUGAAGUAUGGGGCUGAUCCGAUACUACGCAGUAACGACAACAAGAGCGCUCGGGACUACGUUCAGUGGGGUCCGAACCGUGAAGCGUUCUACAAACUACUGGAUGCGUACUCCAACCUGGAAUCCGCGAUCCGAGCGAAGAAUGAAGACGCAAUUACGGUUUGGCUCCGUAAAGGUCUAACGGGUGACCCACGCGCGACCAUAUCGGGUAUCGAUGCGGCAAUUCAAGCGCAGAAUUUGGAUGCAGUAAACGCCAUUCUUGACGUGUGUACACUGGACACGAAAACGUUCGACGAAAUGAUUCAAAUCCUCAAGUCUGUCGAGACUGGAAUCGAGAAUGCUCCUGACGACGACUGGCGCGAUUCACUUACCUUGGCUGGUAAUGACUUCAAGAAGAAGUGGCUCGAGAAGAUUCUACUUUUUCAGGAGAUGAACAUGCUGCAAAUAUUUUGCGAAAGCGUUGCAAAGCCUGCGUGGAUUCAGACUGCACUCUUCGACAAUGGUUGGACGGCGCUGCACUACGCUGCUUCUCUGGGCAAUAACGAAAUUGUUCGGUAUCUGCUGGUUGCGUGUGGUGUAAACCCUCUCACCUUGAGCUCCGACAAUAAGACGGCGUACGACCUAGCAUUUGCAACUGAAAACUGCAGCGAUAUGUGUUGGAUGUUGCAGCAACACAUGAAGAAACGAGCGUUUUCCGAUCACGCUGCACUGUUGUUAAAUGCUAACGAAGUGGCAGUGGAGGAUCUAAUGCAACUGGUGGGACAGAUGACGAGCGUGUACGACGUCCGCAUCCUCUUCAAUUUGGGCUUCCGGGUGUUGACUACCAACGAGAUGCACGAGGUUUUGGCUGCGACAUUCAACCAGGCGAUCACCGAAAAACUCGUGUUCGACGACCGCGCCGCCGCGUUUUUCAAAAUGGGCUUGAAGGAGUGCAGACGCCAAAAAAUCAUUUCCGAAGUGGAGCAGAUCGAGUGGGAUAUCAAAGCGACAAAAGUCAACGUGGAGAACUCGGAGUGGGUGCGACAGAUCAAACAAUCGCUGCAGCAGCUUGAGUGCCGAGUCACAACCACCGAAUACAAUGUGAAUCUACUCCAUCAUCAGUUCGAUACACUUCGGAAUGCACUUAUCGAGCGAGAGAAGCGUCAGAUCAAACAACGUGAACGCCAGCGCUACAUUUCGCUCCUGUCAUCGGCUCUGAUCCUGUGCGGUGGUGCAGCUAUAAAGGGGAUGUUCGAGUCCGCGUUUGAUAUGUGCGACCCGGAGCAUCUCCUCUCGAAUUUGAGCAAAGAGCACAUGACUGACUUUCUAACGGAGAAAACGAACGCUUUCGUCUUCCAAGGGAGCGUUAACGCUGUCCUCACUGAUGCGGCAAUUGAUCCCGAAGAGUUCGCCGUUGUAUUGCGAGAGGCAGCAGCUCUGGAGCGCACUGAGGUAGUGAAUGUAGAGAGCGAUGCAUCACCACCUCUACUGCAGGCUGCAGCUCCAGAGCUCGACAAUCCUUUGUUUCCACCCAAAAAGAGCAACGCCUUCAGGGAUGCUGUUCAUGCUACAAUGCGGCGUGCCAAAACCACUGCGAACGAACGGAACCUGAUGCCGAUAGAAGCUGUUAGUUCGAACACGGAGGUGCCUUUAUCAUCGACUCCCCUCGCUAUCGAUUCCCAAAUGACUGAUGAAGAUAUGGAAGCGUAUCCGUAUCAUUGCGCUGUGCAGUUCAGUGAUGGAGAUUUGGAGCAGUUUGAGGCGUUGGCGAAGUACAUCGAACAGGAAGGUGGAAACAUUAACGAGACGCUUGCAAUGCACGUUCGUCCAGCGGGAACUGAUGAUACAUCCAGCAAGGGGGAGGCAGUGGAGGCAUCGGCCUUGAUGUAUGCGUCGUACUUGGGCCACGUGGACAUUGUCAAGUGGUUUCUGGAUCGAGCCGAUGUGGUAAAAACUGAGAAAAGCUUCCUGACCAUCAAGCGCUCACUUAGUAGCAAGAAGAGCAGCAAUGACAUUUGCAUCAAACGACCAACCUGCAGUGCGUAACUGCGUGACUCAGCGCGUCUAGGGACCCGUUUGCAUUUGCUUACAGUUAACCUGAUUCACCUGUGUAAGCUUCAUCUUCAAGUAAAGAAUACGUACAAAUAAAAAGUAAUAUGCGAAG